AUGGGCGAAGUCGUUCCUUACAUUUCAGGCAUGCAACAGGGCCAAGGUUACAACACCUAUCUACAACAGCUCUGCGUUAAGGAUGCAGUCACUAUCCAGCCUUCCGAAAAGCCAGGCAACCCGUUCCGGCGAGAGUAUACUUCUGAGCUCGUUGAAGACUACGAAAAGCUUGCAAAGAGCAUGAAGAUCAGUGCUGGCGCGGCCGUCUCUGGGUGGGGCCAGAGCGGCAACGUCAAUGUCAGCAUCUUAGAUCGUAGCGAGGUGUGUAUGAACGUACAUCAUCCUAAUGAUCAGAAACUGACUGGAAUGCAGUUUGAAAGUAGCACUUUGACAUAUCAGGUCGAGGUGCUGGUUCAGCAACAAGUCAGCGUGGGCGACAGACAUUCCUUCAACAAGAUCGGAACGGAAAACCCUAAUGAGACAUACGGCGAUCGUUUUAUUACUGAUUUCGUACGUGGCGGUCAUUUCUUCGCCCGCGUCUCUAUCACAGCACGCAACUCAUCGGAAACCAGAGAGCUCAAGCAGUCUGCUGAAAUGGCCUUCACUAUGUAUGGCGUCCAAGGCAAAGUAACCCAGGAGGUCGAAGAUGCUGUCAGCUCCAUCAAGAGGAGCUCAUCGGUCAAGAUCACCAUUGUCGAGUCUACGGGCCCCGACAAAGGCAGUGCUAGUGGAUCAGGCCUCACUGUCAAGGCUGAAGAGACCUCUGACCUUAUGGCCGUCAAGGCUAAGGCGGACAAGUUCUACGAGGACGCAAACUCGGGAAAACAUAACUACGUGCUCUUUGCGGUGCUGGGCAAAUACACGAAUCUUGCCAACUUUGGGAACAGUUUCGUUCCCUUUGAUUACUCGGAGGCAAGUAGGAGGUCCUGGAAGCUCUUUGAUGACUUCACGCUGUACCAGGCCGCUGAGAAGUUGAUUAAAACUGUACCAGGUGGCAAGUUCAAGAACGGUUCCGGACAGCAAGAGGAGCUGGCAAACAAAGCCAUCGACAAUUUUGGCGACAUACGGGACAGGGUGAUCAAUAUCUCCAAGCACCCUGAGAUCGCCCGUGAGAUACCAAACCACCAGGAUCCUAGCUCUUUCCGACUUAAGGUUCUUAAAGCAAUCAAGACCGUGACGUACCACGCCCAGUCUAAACCCAUUGCUAACACUCCCGAUUACUGGACCGAUAUCUGUCUACCCUCGCUAGACUCGGGCUCAGCCCAUCUCUUCACCUUCCCAGCCUUCGACUUCGACUCGCUGAUUGGCACCCACGUGAUAUCCUUUGGGAAAAGGAACAACAGCGAAGACUAUAUUUGUUUGAUUGGCGAGCGUGCAAAAGAUAUAGAUGGCUACAAGGAAGAGAGUCACUUUUGGGUAUUCCCGGACAGUGUUGAGAACUUCGCCAUGCAGAUGUACGGAUACUUAGACAAGUUACAUCAUGAACAACAAAUUGAAAUGUUUGCUGAGUUUUACUGCCAAGGACGUCGUUCACCUGAGUCUUGCGUAGCGACGCGGUGUCUAGUCAUUAGUGACGCGCGCCUGCUUUGCUCAGUGUGA